AUGAGCUUGAUUAACUUUCCUGACAAUGUCAUUGAAGACAUAUACUCCAAUCUAGACCAAAAGAGUCUUGUGUCUAUGAAACAUUCUUGUAAAUUCUUUGAUAUACUGUCGAACCAAUAUCUUUUGAAACAUCUAUACUUUUAUGACGAUUCUAGGCAAACCUUGCCAUUGGUGGAUUAUUUACAAGGUUUCAAAUUCGACUUCACGGUGAUUCCAUUGAGUAAAUUGGAUUCCUUCAUACGAUUUAUAGAAAAAAACACAAACCUCAUAGAGUUGAUUGAUUCAAUUGUAUUCAAUUCCACCGAAUCAAACGUCUUAAUUUCAAAGUUUAUCAAUCUUUUAAUUAGGAAUAAGAGGGGCUCCCUAUCUCAGAUUCGUUUUGAGUCCAAUGUGGACAAUUUAAUUUUUCUAUUGACCCAACAAUCAGGAAGUGGGAAUAAUCAAGAUAUAAUCCUAUACAACCACAACCUAUCUGCAAGUAACCUCUAUGAAAACGAUGAGCUUGACGACUCUCUAAUCCAACCGAACUCGGUCAGUUUAAAUCCUUCCUAUAUCUACCAAUGUGAACAAAUGCAACCAACAUCUUCAAAUUCGUUACCGUUUGAGUUAAAGGAACUACAGAUAUUUUCUGUUGACGAGGCUGAAUUGCUUAAUCUAAGCAAUAUGAAGUUUGAAAAAAUAGAGCUAACGUUACAACAAGUUGACCAAACUGAUCAAUUGUCCAGUGAAGUUAUUGAAAACUGGUCAAACAACUUAGAGGCCCUUCAGAUCCUAAACUUUAGAUCAUUUAACUACUUUUCAAGAAGUAUAUUGGCUUACAUGAAUAAUUACGAAAACCCCAAUGAAAAUUCCCUAUUUGCUAAUUUACAAUGCUUAACUAUAUCAUUGACAGAUUCUAAUUUGGAUAAUGAUAUCAAAGUUUUGCGAAGCUUAAACUUGGGUAAAAUAAAGCAAUUAGAAAUCAAAUUCAAGAGAAAGUUAUUACAUGAUAAUGGUGACAAAAUAAGAGCAAUUGUCAAGCUACUCAAUGAUAAAGAAAUGGGCUCCCAAGUUGAAUCAUUCUCAUUAAUUAAUUCAAACGACUAUAAUAUGUUAACCGACAACGUUUUCAAAAGUGAAAUCUUUAACGACUCCAAUCUAUGUCUAGCAUUGAUGAAUGAUUUCAAUUUAAUCAAUGAUCUAUCGGUACCUAAGAACCUCAAACAUUUGACAAUAAGCUUAAACAACUUUUUGACGGUUGUUGAUGUGAAACUGGAGGGCAAUUGUGAUUAUAAAACGUUUGUCGUUAAUGAAACCUACUUAUUGAAAAAGAGGGAAUAUUUUGAAAAACUUCUUUCUUUGAAGAACUUGCAGACUUUAGUUAUACCCGACUUUCUAUUCAACUGGUUACCAUUCUUAGAUGAAGGAAUAACCUUGAAUGGAGAAUAUGACGAGCUCUACUGCGAGUCAAUGGGCGUAAAAUCAACUGCAAUUGUAAGGAAAUUAUACUCAAGGUUUAAAAAUUUUGACGAUAGAUCUGGUCUAGGUAUUAUUAAUAAGCCAAUUUACCAUGAUGGCCAGGAAAUUUUCAUGGGCUUUUAUCUUGAUAAGUUGGCCCCAGUCAUGCUCCAUAUUGCGGAAUCAUUACCAAAACUCGAACUUUUAAAUCUGGGAGGUGCACUAGUGUCCAUUCAUCGUAGUUCUCCAACUUCGGCAGAUGUUCAACAGCUUGUUGGUGUAUAUGAUGACUGGGUGUUUACAAAUUGCCUUAAUGAGUAA